UCGCGCUCUCUCUCCUUCUUUCCCCAUAGUUUAAACCAAUUACACUGCUUUGCAAAUAAAGUGCCGCCCCGGGGGAGUUGCAAGCGAGUGGAGCUGCCUUGUUUGCAGGUGCAUCUCCGGCUUUGUAGGUGCGAACGUCUUUGUGCGGCGGACAAAUGGGGAGAGGAGGAGGAGGAGGUGGGCACUUCUGCGACGUAAGAUCCACAUCAGCUCAACUCCACUCACAUCCCAGCCGGCACUUCCUCACUUUCUCAAGUGUCUCGCCCCACACCGCUCCCUGCCUCCUUUUUGGCUUGUUAUAGCCCGGGAAUCCAGCCCCUUCUGCCCAAGGGCUGGCUUCCUGCUAGGCUGGGGCUCUCGCGCUCCGGCCCCGCAGCCCGCGGCUCGCAGAAGGACUGGAUGGUUACCCCGGGCAGGUUGGCUGCAUGAUGUUAGGGACUGUGAAAAUGGAAGGGCAUGAAACUAGCGACUGGAACAGCUACUACACCGACACGCAGGAGGCCUACUCCUCGGUGCCCGUGAGCAACAUGAACUCGGGGCUGGGCUCCAUGAACGGCAUGAAUACCUACAUGAGCAUGAACCCCAUGACGACCAGCGGCAACAUGACCUCCGGCUCCUUCAACAUGUCCUACGCCAACCCGGGGCUGGGGGCCGGGCUGAGCCCCGGCGCCAUGGCGGGCAUGCCGGCGGGCUCCAGCGGCGCCAUGGCGGGCAUGCCGGCCAUGGGCGCGGCGCUGAGCCCGGGCGGCAUGAACGCGGUGCCGGCCGCGCAGCCGGGCGUGAACGGGCUGGGCCCCUACGCGGCCAUGAACCCGUGCGUGAGCCCCAUGGCCUACGCGCAGUCCAACCUGGGCCGAGCGCGGGACGCCAAGACCUUCAAGCGCAGCUACCCGCACGCCAAGCCGCCCUACUCCUACAUCUCGCUCAUCACCAUGGCCAUCCAGCAGGCGCCCAGCAAGAUGCUGACGCUGAGCGAGAUCUACCAGUGGAUCAUGGACCUCUUCCCCUACUACCGCCAGAACCAGCAGCGCUGGCAGAACUCCAUCCGCCACUCGCUCUCCUUCAACGACUGCUUCGUCAAGGUGGCGCGCUCACCCGACAAGCCGGGCAAGGGCUCCUACUGGACCCUGCACCCCGACUCGGGCAACAUGUUCGAGAACGGCUGCUACCUGCGCCGCCAGAAGCGCUUCAAGUGCGAGAAGCCGGCGGCGGGCGGCAAGGCUGGCCAGGAGGGCCGCAAGGAGCAGGGCGGCUCCGGCGCCGGCGCCGACUCCCCUUUGCACCGCGGCCACCCCAAGGCCGCGCCGCUGGAGCCCGCCGGCGCCAACCCCGCGGCCAGUCCGCCGGCCAUGGACCACAGCGGCUCCAGCCCGGAGCUCAAGACCUCGGCGGCCGGCGCCUCCUCCAUCAGCGCCGUGCCCGCCCUGGCCGCCGUCCCGCACGCCCCGCACUCCCUGGCCCACGACUCCCAGCUGCACCUGAAGGGGGACCCCCACUACUCCUUCAACCACCCCUUCUCCAUCAACAACCUCAUGUCCUCCUCGGAGCAGCAGCACAAGCUGGACUUCAAAGCCUACGAGCAGGCGCUGCAGUACUCGUCCUACGGGGCGGCCAUCCCGGGCGGGCUGCCCCUGAGCGGCGCCUCCAUGGCGGGCAGGGGCAGCAUCGAGCCCUCGGCACUGGAGCCGUCCUACUACCAAGGUGUGUAUUCCAGACCGGUGCUGAACACCUCCUAGCUCGGGGGCCGAGGCUUUCCCUCUCCGCCGGCUCCCCAGGACUGUUACUUCAUUAUCGUGUGUAUGUUACGAUCCGACGAGCCCUCCCGCCCAGCUGAGCGGGCCCUCUUGUACAGACCCCCACCCACCGCCCCGCCAGCGCUCGCUGCAGCCCGGGCAGGGGGGCCCGGGGGGGGGAGACAUUGUUGAGCUUGUAAACUAUUUGUUUGUGCUUUCCAUCUCCUCCCACCGCCCCUCAGUGCUCUAGACUCUUAUGUAAGUUUACAGGUAUGUGGCAAUACUUUCACCCCACGGAGAUGAAGAAGCGAGUAGGCAUAGGAGGCGCUUGUUGUUUUUGUUUUUAAUUAAAAAGGCUUUGAAGGACAACUCAGCUGUGAAGUAGCUACACACUCGCCCCUCAGAAACAGGGGGCUGUUUACUUUCUCAGAUCAUCCUUUUCAUACUUGCACCCCCUCGGGCGAGGAGAACACGCGCACGCAGGCCGGGGCCGGCUCCUGCACUCGCCCGGGUGCCAGCGGGAGGGCGGAGGGGGCAGGAGCCAGUCCUUAGAUUUCCAAGUGUGAGGUGGCUUGGGAUGUAAUAUAGAUACAGAGGUCACAGCCAGUCGGAUAUUUUUUUUUCCUCCGGAGCUGUUACUGCAGAUUCUCAUCCAUCAAGAACUCUCUUCAACAUGUGGAUGACAUGCUUAUUUAAUUUCAGAGUCUUUUCAUCGUGUACAAACUAGAACGAUAUAUGUAUAACGUUAUCCCCACCCGCCCCCCGAAAAAAAUAUUGCCUAUUAAGCCAACCCAAGGGAAGAGGAGAUCUCCCUCUCCUUUGCAAUUCAGUUUCAUGAUAACGCCUCCAAAAUAUGUUGUGGCCGUUCAAUUAUUGCCAUGGGUAGCUUGUUUCAUCCAGUGUUAAUGCACUUUCCACAGUUUUACACGGUGUUAGCAUAGACAGACGGGUUUUAUUAUUAUUCCUGUUUGCUUUCUCAAUGUUCUUAAUUUAUUGCAUGGUUUAUAUUUUCUUUCUUUACAGCUGAAAUUGCUUUAAAUGACAGUAAAAAAAAAUUACACGUGAAUUUAAAAAAAUAGUUAAUUUUAUAAAUGUGAUUGUAAUUCAAAAAAUAUUUUGAUUUAAAAUGAUAACUGAGAAUUUAAGCCGUGAAGUAUGUUUUUGAUUAUUUGCAGUUAAGGACUUUAAAUAAAUCGAAUGUUAACAAUGAA